AUGGUUCUUCUGAAAAUGCUAAUGUUACAUCAGCAUAGUUUCUACAGCACACCUAAAGAUAAUCUAGUUCACAUGAAUACAAAAGGAGAGGCAGGUACCAAAAAUGACAUCGGGUGGUGGGGAGUCUACCUCCCCGCGUAUAUUGCUCCAAGUCCAUUUCGCUUUCGCGAUGAUUCUCAAUUGUGUUUCAACAAAAAUCACUUCGGUCGGCCAGACUUCAACGUUCAGCGAUUCAUGAACUUAGCGAGGCGAUCUCAACGGUCGUACGGUCAGCCUUUAGUGCAUCCUGGUCCAGUACGGGUGUAUAAUGUAAGCCAUGCGUUCCCCACGUAUAAUGUCACUGCGCUACCAUUGAGCGAAGGCUUAUUCCAGGUUGAGAUCCGCCACCGUAUAUCAUUUCUAUCUGCUGUUCAACGGCUCUCCAGUUUGAUUAAUAAUGUGCCUGAAUCAAUUGGUGCUCUUUGGUUGGAAAAAGUAUCUUCAUGUCUUGUUGAUGCUAGUUCUUAUAAAGAGCAUCUUGUAGAAGGUAGCAGAGAAAGCAAAAUGCUCAAUAAGUUGUUGACACGAUUGGAAACCGUUCUGUGUGACGAAGGUGUACGAAGCGCCGGUGGAGAUUGUGCCUCUUUACCACACGUUUUGUCACUGCUAUCAUUAGCUGACUGCACACACUCGCUGACUGCCCGUCUUGUGUCGGAUUUGAUUUAUCCAAAGCUCGUCCAGCCUGCAAAGGACCACUAUGAAAUGUUGAAGGAGGUCUUCAAGGGUGUCAAUAAGAUGCGCAGAAAUUGGAGUGAAAUUCUUGGCCCUAAGUACACCGGUCAAGUACAAGCAUUCCUUGAGCAAACUCUUCUCACUUUUCUGCUCACUUUUAUCGACAAGUGUAUGGGUACGGUAGCAGUACCAACUAAUACGACCAUGUUCCAUCGUUGUUUCACAGCGACGCAAGAGUUUGUGGAGAACUGGCCGCCACACCCUCAUUCGAGGGCUAUUUUGAAAUCGAUUCGUGAUAAAUUCAACCUGAUCGUAUACUUCAAAUUGGUCACUCAUAAAGGUGUCCGCCAGGUGGACAAUGAGAUGGCUCCCGAAGCGUUGAAAUUUUCUUCGGAAAAUGAGCUGCUAGAAGGAGGAGUGUUGUGCGAUGUUUCCUCGACGAUAUUGCGAACUGUUGAAACAGUGUGGGGAGAAGAGGUGUUUCUCUAUCCCAUUACCGAUAAGCUGUGGGACUUUACAUUGAGGCUACUUGGGAAACAUUUGUCUUGGGCGAGGACGCUGAUUGAGGCAGCUGCAACAGAGCCAUCCUCUGAGUUGGGUGGCGUUGAAGCGUGGCGCGCGCUUCUGUCUGUUCGGCAUGAUCUCUCCACAGUAGCGUCAAAGGUGUUUGACAUGGCGCUUGAGCAGCUUGAUUUGAAUGUUGAUACAUCGCUAUUCGGCCAAUGUUUGACUCGAUAUAACCUCCUUGUCGAUGCUGAAUGUGCUAAGAUAGAUGAACAUGUGGUCAAGCUGGUUUCUUCUUUGUUGUCCAAGGAGUUCGACUGCGUAUCCGAUGUUCCAAAGCAGUACAGAUGGACAAAAAAGCCAUCACCUUCCACUCACUCAUCAUACGUAAACGCUGCUCAUGCGAAGUUUGAAGAGUUCUCCAAAGAGCUUUCCAAAAGGAGUCAUCCCAAGGCUGAUCAUUUGCUUCGUUCUGUUCUUGUAACCUCUUAUGCAAGGCUCGUUACAAAGGCUGGAGAAGUUCUUGACAGCGUUGACGCCACCGGAUCGAGCUUGUCGCGAUUCAAGCGUAAAACAGGAACCCUUGAUGGAACGUCAGAUGACGACAAAAUCCGAACACAGGAAUUGCUGAAGUCUUUGUUGCUGGAUCACCUCCCGGCUGACUUCAGCGGAGUUCUUGAAGGCGAUACGAUUUUCACUCAGGAAUAUCUGGAUGCACACAAAAACUUGUUAAGGGCAAUACUUUCUGCCACUACUAAGCCCGUUUCCAUAAAUGUGAUACAAGCACGAGUAGGAUUACCCAGUGCUCGAUUCUGGUCUGCUUUUGACGCUCUUGUAACGGAAGGAGAGGUCGGUAUGGCCGCAACCUGGGCAGAUAUACAACGUCUCGUGUCAGAUCUGCAAAGAGUGCAGCUUUCGCAGUCAUCAAAAAAAUUAUCGGAGGCCAAUUGCGUGGAGGUGGUAUCGAAACUAAUCCAAAGGUCUCUGAUCGAUGUGGUGUUUACGAGAGAUGGACAUUCAUACAUCACUCAAAAACAUCUCGCCACUGAGUCGUCUAGCUCAUCGUUUCCAGACUCACUUCGUGAUGAGCUCCGCCAAUAUCUGCUUCGCACCAUGGGUACCGACUUGGCCAAUGCAGCCCUUUCUUGUGCCUCAGGCAACGAGAAGAGAACGAUCGCAUCACUACCUACUGUGCUACGCGACACAAUGAGCAGCUUAUACAGCUCCUUACGGGGUGAUGAUCUCGACGCAUUCCAUUCGGCUGUUUUCGAUCUUUCAUCUCCAGCAGCGCUUUCUAUUUCACUGAAGCAGCCUGAUUCGAAAACUAGAGCCGAAGUACUGGAAAGUUAUGUUGCCGAGCUAAAAGAGCAGGUGACAGCCCAGACUGAACCCGCUGCAGUGCUACUGUCAUGUGUCCUCUACCUGUUGGCCAAACAUGGAAGACCUGUGACUGCAAGCGGACGAUUCGUUGCUCAGUUGGUGCCGCAGUUGGAUGGGGUCGUUGAGCAGGUCGGUAUGGCCGCAACCUGGGCAGAUAUACAACGUCUCGUGUCGGAUCUGCAAAGAGUGCAGCUUUCGCAGUCAUCAAAAAAAUUAUCGGAGGCCAAUUGGCGUGGAGGGGUAUCGAAACUAAUCCAAAGGUCUCUGAUCGAUGUGGUGUUUACGAGAGAUGGACAUUCAUACAUCACUCAAAAACAUCUCGCCACUGAGGUGCGAAAUGAAUGUGUGGCAUUGGGUGGAAGAGCUCCUCUAACCGACAUAGCCACCUCGCUGAAUGUUGACCUCGAACAUGUGGAACGUGUGGCUCAUCAGCUAGCUUCAGAGAAUGCCGAAUUCAAGAUCUCAGGAGGCGAACUGUUUGCCGAGGAAUAUGUCACCAAUUUACAAAAUCAGCUUCGAACUCUUCUAAUUGAACACGGCUACCAAACACUGUCAUCAUUAUGUAAACACUGGAACUUGUCUCAGGAAUUGCUGAAGUCUUUGUUGCUGGAUCACCUCCCGGCUGACUUCAGCGGAGUUCUUGAAGGCGAUACGAUUUUCACUCAGGAAUAUCUGGAUGCACACAAAAACUUGUUAAGGGCAAUACUUUCUGCCACUACUAAGCCCGUUUCCAUAAAUGUGAUACAAGCACGAGUAGGAUUACCCAGUGCUCGAUUCUGGUCUGCUUUUGACGCUCUUGUAACGGAAGGAGAGGUCCCCGGACGGCUGUCGGGCUCCCGAUCCUCACCUAGCUGCACGUAUGUCCCUCAUAUUCAUGACCAUUUAGUCCGAAUAUAUGUACAGAAUACGUUCCGUCAGCAAGAGUUCAUCCAGACUUCUGUAUUGAAGAAGCUUGGCCUCAGCGAUGGUGGAAGUAGUACAAAGAAUGGACAAGUGGAGCAGAUUAUCACUCAAGACAAUAAUGAUGUGAAAAUAGAAACCCUAUCUUCAAUGCUCGUUUCAAGGGCUUUACUUGAACAGUGUUUCUCUGCAGUGAAAGAGGCUGUGCACGAGUCGGACGUUUGUGAUGUUCAGUCUGCGUUGCAGCCUCUGGCUGUACCGUUUGAUGACGCGGAUUUAAUAGCGAUUUCGGAGCAAGUGGCCUCGUCGGAGAGCAAUCUACACAGCGCCGGCACUCACAUUUUCUCGGAUCGAAUAUUAUCCAAGACCAUUGAAAGGCUAGGUGAUCGCAUCGAUGCAUGGGCACAUGAGCUGAUGAGUCGCAUCCAACAAGAGCGGAAAGGUACCCAGCAGCAGAAGAAGGUGGUCGAGGCGGAUGACGACUGGGGAGACUCAAAGAAAGGUGGAGGAAAAAAGAAAGGCGGUCGAGGUGGCGGAGGAGGAAAAGGUGCGAAAUCUGCUGGAGCUGCACGCGACGAGCCAUCUGCCACAGUGAUAGGUGUUCCAUCUGAGUCUGCAGAUGGGUUCCUGCAGACGAGGCCGUUCCGGAGAAUCAUGGAGGAUGUAGUGGAACGAAUUGGUCCUCAGGUAGAUGACAAAAUCCGCGCACGCCUCACAGAAAUAGCAGCAACUCAACAAAAUGCAGCUGCUCAGUCACACAAGAAGAAGCUUGGCACAGCUCCAGCAAAGAGCGCAAGGGACUGUACUCUUCCAUAUGCAUGUUUGAGUCAUCUAGCUCAUCGUUCCAGGACUCGCUUCGUGAUGAGCUCCGCCAAUAUCUGCUUCCGCACCAUGGGUACUGAUUUGGCCAAUGCAGCCCUUUCUUGUGCCUCAGGGCUGGAAAAUGCUGGUCAGUUGAAAGAAAAGCAACGAGAAGAGACGAUCGCAUCACUACCUACUGUGCUACGCGACACAAUGAGCAGCUUAUACAGCUCCUUACGGGGUGAUGAUCUCGACGCAUUCCAUUCGGCUGUUUUCGAUCUUUCAUCUCCAGCAGCGCUUUCUAUUUCACUGAAGCAGCCUGAUUCGAAAACUAGGUAUUUGACAAGCCGAAGUACUGGAAAGUUAUGUUACCGAGCUAAAAGAGCAGUGCUACUGUCAUGUGUCCUCUACCUGUUGGCCAAACAUGGAAGACCUGUGACUGCAAGCGGACGAUUCGUUGCUCAGUUGGUGCCGCAGUUGGAUGGGGUCGUUGAGCAGACUCUAUUCGCUCUGCUUGGGUCGGUCCAGCGGUUGGUUGUGCAAUGUUUGAAGAACAAGGCUGAUGAGGUGGCAACGGAUAUGCUGUCGUCGGAAAUCGGAACGUUGAAGCAGAUGGUGUUGGCCUGA